AUGACGUGCUACGAAACGUUGAGAGCUUCGGCACCCGCCGCGGACGCCCCCAUGGCGCACCACUUCGUCAAGUGGUGGCGCAAUAAGUUCAGGAAUGGAUAUAAAAAAUUUAGCAUCGGUACGGAGAGCGAGCGUACAGAUACUGAAGAAUUGGUCUGUCGUGCAGCUUCUCAAUGCUCUGCCCCACCAGACUUACUGCCCAGCGAAGCUAGAGCUCUCCUACAACCCACCACACCACCACCGGUGCCCUUGCGAUCAGACAACUACUCCAAGAGAGUAUCAUCGCCCGUACAAAAUGAAUGCAAUGAGAACAAACAGCCCCGGUUGCGCUUCGAGGAGCUGACGUGUGACGUGGAACUGCAGCAUCCAGAAUCGUCUAAGCAACAGCCUCUUCAAUUUUCAUUCACUCUCUACGACCUUGACGGGCACGGUCGAAUGACAAAAGAUGAUAUAGCUGGGAUAGUAUCCACAAUCUACGAGUCCAUAGGCAAGUCAGUCACAGUGCCGCACUACGGUUCCAAAACUAUUCAAGUAAGAUUAACAGUAGUACCCGAGAACGGCCAGUCUCGCAGUCAAAGGGAGAAGGUCAGGAGAAGAAGACGAAGGGAACAAGCCUCGUCUGCACAGAAUUCGCCGCAUGCGCACGCAGACAAUAGUGAAAACGAACAACAAGAAAGAUUAUCGCACGACGAUGACGCUUCGUCAAAAUCAUCGUGCUCCGUGGAACAGAAGCCCCCACCACAAAAACCUCCACCGAUUUUACGGCAGAGACCGCAACGCCACCCGCGUAGAGAACACCGUGAGCGGAAAAAAACAAAGAAACGUUCGGGAAGUUUACAGAGGCGUGAACUGUUGGAGAUCAUUCAGGCUAACAUGGAGAAGAAUCAUCUGAGUUUUCAAGCUUCAAGAAAACCCAGCGAACAUGUUACCAUUGAAGAGGAAGUCGUAAACAAGUACUCCAAGAUAAGAAAUCGGUCCCACACCGUCAAUGAGAAGCCUAACUACCACAAAACAAAGACGGAGUCCUCCGGCAACGGAUACUUAGACUUGGCCAGCGGUGGUGAUUCGAAUCUAUGUAGAUACGAUAGGUACUUACACGCUGUCAUAUGCUCCUCGGCCAAACAUGCGAACAGUGGUUAUCAUCAGAAACAGAGCACUCCAUCACGUUACGCCCGUGCUUCACACCCACCUAACCCUCGAUCCCGUUCCCAUGACCUUGCCUCACAGUCACAACAGCCGAGGGUCCUUCAAAUUAUAUUUUUAUAG